UUCCCCUCCGCCUGCCUGCCUGCUUGCCUGCCUUGCCGGUGGGGCGGGCGCGGAGGGGAAACCAGGUCACGGCUCUUAGACAGAGAGAAACCGGUUGGGAAGCCCAGGGCUUGGAGGGGGAGGAUGGAGGGAAGUGCCUCCUCGACUCAGGUGCUGCUGCUGCUGCUCAACUGAGAAGGCGGCCAACAAGAGGACUUCCGCGGCAGCAGCAGCAGCAGCACCAACUGGGGUUCUUGCUCCUUGGACCACACUCUGGAGAUGGCGAUGCUAAGAAGAGAAGACCUGUGAUCCCUGUUAUCUGCACUUAUAUUUGAAACAGAUAUGCUUUCUGUCAACAUCCUGCUGAUUCUUGUCUCCAGUUUACAGACUCAUUCUAAGCAUGCAAGAGAUUCCAGGACUUCGGCUUUCUGAUCAAAGUGACACUGGUGGAAAAGAGCAAUGAGAAUGACUACCUUUUGUUGAUUCCCAGCAGCAUGUCAGGGUACAUACCCAGUUACUUAGACAAGGACGAGCUGUGUGUGGUUUGUGGUGACAAAGCCACUGGGUAUCACUAUCGUUGCAUCACCUGUGAAGGCUGCAAGGGUUUUUUCCGAAGAACUAUUCAGAAAAAUCUUCACCCAACUUACUCCUGUAAAUAUGAAGGAAAAUGUGUGAUAGACAAAGUCACAAGAAACCAGUGCCAGGAAUGUCGCUUCAAGAAAUGCAUCUAUGUUGGCAUGGCAACAGAUUUGGUGUUGGAUGACAGCAAGAGGCUAGCAAAAAGGAAAUUGAUUGAGGAAAAUCGAGAGAAGAGACGUCGGGAAGAGUUGCAGAAAACAAUUGGGAUGAAACCUGAGCCAACAGAUGAAGAGUGGGAGCUUAUUAAAAUUGUUACUGAAGCACAUGUGGCCACCAAUGCACAAGGAAGCCACUGGAAACAAAAAAGGAAAUUUCUGCCAGAGGAUAUUGGACAAGCACCAAUAGUAAAUGCCCCAGAAGGCGGGAAAGUAGAUUUAGAAGCCUUCAGCCAGUUUACAAAAAUUAUCACACCAGCAAUCACGAGAGUGGUGGAUUUUGCCAAAAAGUUGCCUAUGUUCUGUGAGCUGCCAUGUGAAGACCAGAUAAUCCUUCUGAAAGGCUGUUGCAUGGAGAUCAUGUCCCUCAGAGCAGCAGUACGCUAUGACCCUGAAAGUGAGACUUUAACACUGAAUGGGGAGAUUGCAGUAACAAGAGGCCAACUGAAAAAUGGGGGUCUUGGCGUAGUAUCAGAUGCCAUUUUCGACCUGGGCAUGUCACUGUCAUCAUUCAACCUUGAUGAUACAGAAGUUGCCCUCCUUCAGGCUGUACUGCUGAUGUCUUCAGAUCGCCCCGGUCUCGUCAGUGUGGAACGGAUAGAAAAGUGUCAAGAGGGCUUCCUCCUGGCGUUUGAACACUAUAUUAAUUACAGAAAGCACCACAUUGCACACUUUUGGCCAAAACUGCUGAUGAAAGUGACGGACCUACGAAUGAUUGGAGCCUGUCAUGCUAGCCGCUUCCUGCACAUGAAGGUGGAAUGCCCAACAGAACUCUUUCCCCCUUUGUUCUUGGAAGUUUUUGAGGAUUAAAAAGAAAAAGACUGGAGAGGUUCUCAGAAUUCUUAUAGCACUACUGGGUGUCAUUUCAUUCCAUUGCCUAGUGUUUCUCCCCCAAUUCAUCCACCCACCCCACCCCAUGGUCCAUUCCCAUUUUUGUUACACCUUGUUUUUGGUUGGAGAAUUGUUUUUAAUAGGCACGGAUGAGUAUGUCCCUUCAAAGCGGGUACUUGUGAUGGUUGCAUAUUUCUGUGUUUUGUGUGUGUGUAUUUCAGUCCUUUUGAUGUGAAUCCUUGGAGAGUUUGAGAAUGAGAAUUUAAGUGAAUCAGUUUCAUUCACCAGCACUCAGGUGGUCACAAGCUCACACUCAUUGCUGUUUGGAGAGAGAUGACAAAAUAAGUGGAAGUGUCAGGAAAAUAUAUUUUUAAAUUCUGCCAUAUUUUAUACAGUAUUAAGUCAUUUUCAGGAAAUGAGACCUCCUAGAUGAGGUAUUUGGCUCAAACUACCAAGCGUUAGUCAUGCCCAAGUCCAACUGAAAUCAAAAGGACUUACAGAGCAAUCCUAUAUGCAUCUGCACAGAAAUCAGUCAUACUGAAUUCAUUGGGAUUUACAGUAUUCCCAGAAUUAUCUGUAUAGGAUUGCAGCCUUAGCCUUGCCUAACCUUCACUUGAUCAUACUGAUAGAUUCUAGACAUUAUUGGCUCUGCUUAAGAAAAUGGAUUUCCAUUUAGCCAAAGCUUUCCACCAUUGCCAUAAUUGCAUUCUUACUUUGAGAAAAAUCAGAAACUUUUGCACCUUUCAGUCUUUCUUAAAACCUAGUGGGUGAGCAAUGCUCCAAAAAUGUGAAGCAAGUCUCCUAUUUACUUUUGUUGUCCAUAUUUAUCUGGGGCAUGCAUGUGUGGAAGGCAGACCUACAAGAAUACGAACGGACAUUCUGAUUCUUCUUUAUACCAAGUCUCCUCAAACCAAUUUGAUAUCAUGUUAGAACACAGACAUUCAUCAUUCAACUUGCAUUAUUGUUUUUGAUUUGGUUUGGUUUUGGUUUCUGCAUGUUGAGCCUGAUAGCUUUGGCCUCAAUCCAUUCAUUUCUUAUUGAUAUAGGAAUCUGAUAGGCAGACAGAAAAUUCCAUUCUUUAAAGGCUGCUGUAUUGUUUUGAAUGGAGGCAUCAGGUACAGAGGAGCAUGAAUAAGGUGUACAUAAGUGUUUUGCAGAUGGCUUCCAGGUCUCGCUUAAAGCAAUGUAAAAAAGAAAAGGCGAGAUUUUAUCUGAAAGCUCAAAACACAUAAAUGUUCCCGGGGGGAAAAACAUAAUAGAAAAGGUGUAGUUCCCCCCCAAAAAAAGAAAAAUACUACAGGCUACUUUCAAAUUUCUGUUCUUUUCAGCUCUCCUGCUUUAUCCAAGCAAUAUAAAGCACAUUCCCACAAUCACUAUGGUGGUUUACUAUCCAUUUGUAGUGACUUUUUUUAUCAUCGUGGAUGUAACACUCAGAUGAUGAAAUUAUCAUCUGAAUUUUCCAUAGGGCCAGCUCUGAAGAUCACUUGUAUUGGUUGGCUUUAAAGGUUGUGCAGAUCCAUGUGCCCUGUAGGGCUUAAUCCAUUUUCUCUGAUGGCAAUUUUGAUGUACUGGGCAGAGAGGAGAGAGUGUAAGAUUCCCUCCCUCCCAUUGAUUUAUUAAUAAAAAACUGAUCAGUAGCAAGCAGGAAUCAUGACUUGGAAAGGUUUUAAUGGUAAAGACUUUAGGAGAUCUGCUAUUUCUGUUCUAAUAUACAGAGUUCCAGAAGCAUAUACCCUAUUUGUUACAAAUUGUUCCCAUUUUAGUGUGUUGUUCUGGAAAGGAGCUCAUUUUGAGUGGGGGAGCUCAGCUAAUGUUGCUUAUUUUCAAAGCAUGUUUUAUGACUCCUUUCACUCUGUGCGAUGCAUUGACAUAUCAGUAACUAAGAUGAUAGAUGCCUGUGUACAGACACUUAUGGCAACUGUAACUCAAGGCCAUGAGCCAAGGAAUUGGGCAUCCAUGCAGCUAAAGGGCUUGGGGCUUGAGUGUCUAAAUCAACAAUUCACAUGCCACAUGGUAAAUUUUGCCAGAAAGUUCAUGGAGCAGCAUGUACUGUACCAUGAAGUCUGCUGUUGCAAGAAAUGUUCCAGAGUACAAAGCCUGUGUAUUCUAUUCCAGACUGACAGCUAAAGCUCUAGAUCCAGAGCUAUAUUAUCCAUCAGUGGAAAAUCUUGCAGUCUGGUAGACUGUCACUAUGGACAAAAUAAGAAAUCACAUCUUUCCAGUAGGAAGCGAAAUUUAAUUCUAGGCCUGUUUAAAGCUUGAUGCAGCCUAAUGAUCUUGGUGGUUUCAAUAUGCCUGAUUUGUGACCUGUUGAUUAUCACCUAUGUAAUUAAAUGCCAAGGCAUACAAAAACAUUGUUCUAAAUGGACUGACUACUUUGGCCUUUCAGAUGUUUUUGGCAUACACUCUUCAUUCGCCCUAGCUAGGCUAGCCAGUGGGGAGGGGGAGAGGGAACUGAAGACCCCAAACAUCUGGAGGGCUACAGAUGCCCACCUGUCAUCUAGAGGAAGGGUUCGGGGAUGCUUUAAACACUUCUUCAAAAGCUAGAGAUUCAAUGUUGACUUAGGCCUGUUACAGACUGCCAAAAUAAAGCUGCUUUGGGUCUCUUUGGAGGCAUGCUAUUUAAA